AUGGAAAUUGCACGUGGGGCGACCAAUAAGAUGCCCUCAGUCCUUGGCUGGGGAGCUAAUUGUAGUAGCAACCCUCAGCAAUAUAUGGGCGACUACGUCUACGUUGAACCACGUCAAAGUGAUGAGUUGGUAUUGCAGAUGAUAGGUUCGAAAUUGGCAGAGAUUGUCAUUGAAAUUAUCAAAAGACAUCGAAUGACAACCCGUGUUACUUUGCACCACAUAAUCUUCUACUUUUCUGGGAUAUCGGAAGGGCAGUUCAGUAUGAACAUUGUGGGUAAACGUGCAGCUGACCAAAACAUUCCUGGUGGGACCGUUGUAGACACAGUAAUUGUGUCUCCAGUGAUAAACGAGUUUUAUCUUAACGCGCAUUCCGCAUUCCAGGGAACUGCAAAAACACCCAAAUACUCGCUUGUUGCUGACAACUCUCAGAUCUCACUUGACGCUAUUGAGGGGAUUACUUAUGGUCUCUGCUACUUACACGAAAUCGUCACAGCAACGGUUUCACUUCCAGUUCCACUAAUCGUUGCAGACCGUUGUGCGAAGAGAGGACACAGUGUUUAUGUGGCCAAUCUGUAA